GGUACCUUGACCUCCUCCAAGUAAAAAAGUCAAAUAAAUUUUUUUUUUUUUUUCGUUCCCUCUUUUCUCUUUUUUUUGUUUUUGAAUUCUUUCUUCUUGACCGUAUCCGAGCUGCCCUUACUCCAUAACGGCAUCUCUCACCGCAAUUUUUCCUGACUGGUUGAGCUUUUCACGUGCUGACUCCGCCCACGCUAUAGUAUCCAUAUCUUUGCCCAUACUAUCACACAUCCUUUUUCAACAUUCUUUUUUCAAUCGAUAUAACCGUGAGAGUCUUUUCCACCUUGGCACAGAGACGAACACCUUGCGCAAUGGCUUCUUUGUAAACUGACACAUGGCGCUGCCGCAUUCGAAGUUUCAACUGUCCUUUUCCUUUGUCCUUCUCGAAUCCGUCUCUUGUUCUUGAUCUAUUCCGCCACUGGUCUAUAUCUUCUCAAGUUGGUGAUUGGGAUAAUUUGUGUAAAAAGCCCCCGGGAUCUUCUCAAGCAUCCGAGAUACUUGUUAUCGAGAGGAGCUUACAGCUUGCUCAUUUUCCUUGAUACAGAUCAUACCUCGUUGUGAUUGUCAGAAAACGAGAACAUAAUGAAGUUUGGGCGCAAUCUUCCACGGAAUGUCGUUCCUGAGUGGAGCUCCUCCUACAUCAAGUACAAGGCGUUGAAGAAGCUCAUCAAGUCGGCGGCAGAAGAUGUGAAGGCUGGCCAUGAGGCAGAUCUUGCCGGAUUCUUUUACUCCCUCGAUCGAAAUCUCGAGGAUGUCGACUACUUCUAUAACAAGAAGUACUCGGAUUUUGCUCGCCGCCUCAAGUUGCUAGAGGAUCGGUAUGGCCAAUCUUUGGAUGCUGGUCAUCGUCUUGACUCGGAGGAGGUUGAGGACCUUCUGGCCGCCUUGCUUGAGCUGCGCGGCCAGCUACGGAAAUUACAGUGGUACGGCGAAGUCAAUCGCCGUGGGUUCAUCAAGAUCACCAAGAAACUGGAUAAGAAAGUAGGCGUCCAUGCGCAGCGAACUUAUCUAGAAACGAAGGUCGACCCAUCUCCAUUCGCCUCGAAUGCGCGGGUCACCGAGUCAUUGAAGCAAAUCAAUGACUGGCUUUCGGUACUUGGUGAGCAGAAGGUCUCAGACGAUGCCAGCUCCACUCGCUCUUCCCUCUCACUGAAGAGGGGUCCGGCUCGCCCACACUUGAACUUACCCUCGAGUUUGCUUGUCGCUGUCGACGAAGCGUUGCGCAAAGAUGACACACACGUCCUCCUGGAAUUACUGGAGGACCUUAGAACUUCUACGGACAAGCUUGGAGGAAACCUUUUCCCUAAAGUCCUCGAGAGCCUCUUGCAGCGGUCUAUUUACUACCGCUCGAAAAGCUGCAUUUCCGUCCUGCUCGACCGAAUGGAUAGCCUCGAGGAUGAAGAUGAUAUCAACAAGCGUAACUGCAUUCACAGAUUAGUGAUCUCAAUCGGUCGGACACAGUCCACGACUGACUCGGAGGAGUCCGCUUCAAUGGUCCUGGACUUCCCCCUUGAAACCUCCAAUUAUAUUACGCCCGCUGCCCUGCCAACAUUGCAGCCUCCUCGGAAUGUAGUGAAGGAGUCGGAUCACCCUCAGCAUUUGGAUAGAUCAGAUCCGUCGGUAUCGCUUCUACACCACCUGCUAGAGGAGCUCCGGCCUAGGCAACGACCUGCUCUGCUUUCCAAGGAUAUCUCGGGUCGUACCCCACUGCACUAUGCUGCUCAGUAUGGGUUCAGAGUGGUCUGUGAAGUCAUCAUCGAGCACCUGCAGGCAUGGGAUAUGUUUGAUGUUUCUGGGGGUAUCGAUGGGCCGCACUGGCAGGAUAAUGAUGGUUGGGCCCCUCUGCAUCUGAGUGUGGUUGGUGGUCACCCAUUAACUACACGCACCCUUUUAGACGCCGAGAACUGGCAAGAUGCCAGUGCGGAUAAGUCGACCACCCGGAAACAGGUCUCCAAAUCAAGCGCAGUACUUGCGAUGGCCACAAAGGCAAACUUUGUUGAUAUCGUCAAGCUUCUGGUGGAUGCAGGGGUUGAUAUCAACUAUCAGGAUGAGCAAGGCGAAACCGCGUUACAUGUCGCAGCCCGGUUUGGCCAUCAUAUGUGCGCCAAGAUCUUGUUAGAGGGCAACUGUGACCAAAAGGCGGAUACGGAAUUGGUUGAGCACACGUACUCUUGGACACCACUGUUCAUUGCCAGUGUUGAUGGGUCGCUGAGCAUUGUAGACCUGCUGAUUGAAGCUGGUGCCGACCUUGAAAAAGCCGACUCCUCUGGGUGGACUGCGAAGGAACAUGCAGCGCUGAGAGGUCACCUUGACAUCGCUCGACGUCUUGCCGAACUUACACCUGAGCCUGAUGUCGCGGAAGCCGAGCCUGUGAUACCGAUCCCUGUAGCUUCCUCCUCUCCUCCAGCCCCAUCCUCUUUGAUUGAGCGAAGAUCUAACACCAGCACGCCCUCGGGUAGUUCUAGUACGCGGGAUGUUGAACCUGUUAAAUCUUUUGGACACAGGUAUCUUACCGACGAGGCCAUGAUCUUGGUGAGCCUGGGUACCAUGGAUAUGCACAGGCCCGUGGAAGCAGUUAACCUUGAUCGUAUCCCAAUGGAGAACGCUCAUUCCACCCAGCUUGAUACUGCAUUGUCCAUCGUUGUUUCUGCUAACGGGGCUCAUGGAGAACCCGAGAUCAUCGAUCUGCCUGUGCAAGACAAUAUCUCGACGGAGCCAAUCGUUUUCCAUACUGCCGACGCGACGAAAGUGAGACUUCUAUUCGACCUCGUCCCGACCUAUGCUGGUUCGAAAGACCAGGUGGUUGGGCGUGGUGUGGCACUACUCUCUAGCAUUAAGCAAAGCGUAGGCUCCAAUCGCAUCAACUUGAAGGGUGACUCGACUGUGCCUAUUGUGGCUGCAAACACCCUGGAAGUCAUCGGCACGGUCACAUUCAACUUCCUCAUCGUCACGCCUUUCAAGCACCCGAACAUGUCCAUCACCGGUGACCGGACCUAUUGGAAGAGUAUGAGCUCGACCAUGGUUAUUGGACACCGUGGCUUGGGUAAGAAUAUGGCCAGCCGCAAUUCGUUGCAGCUUGGUGAAAAUACGGUGCAGUCGUUCAUUGCAGCCGCGAACCUUGGCGCAUCUUAUGUUGAAUUCGAUGUACAGCUGACCAAGGAUCAUGUUCCCGUUAUUUAUCAUGAUUUCCUCGUCAGUGAAACCGGAAUUGAUGCGCCAGUUCAUACUCUCACGUUGGAACAAUUCCUUCAAUUGGGUGACAGUGGAUCGUCUCGUCGAUCUGGCUCCCCAUCCCAGGCGCUUGAUGCUCUUGGAAAGGAGGCAAGCACUUCUGCUCCUCGUCAACGCUCAAUGUCUGUCGGUGGUUUUGAAUAUGACCCUGCGGAAUUAAACGAGAAGAUCAAGCACACUCGCGAUUUCAAGAAGAAAGGCUUCAAAGGCAACACCCGAGGCAAUCACAUCCAAGCACCCUUCGCCACAUUGGAAGAGCUUUUUAAGAAACUUCCUAAAUCUGUUGGAUUCAAUAUUGAACUGAAAUACCCCAUGCUCUAUGAGAGUGAGGAAGAGGAGAUGGAUACCUACGCAGUGGAACUGAACUCCUUUGUGGACACGGUUCUUACCCAGGCGUACGAGUUAGGUCAAGGCCGCAACAUGAUCUUCUCUAGUUUCAACCCUGACAUUUGUUUGUUGCUUUCCUUCAAACAACCUUCUAUCCCGGUGCUCUUCUUGACGGAUUCUGGAGCCUCUCCUGUUGGUGAUAUCCGCGCCAGCAGUCUGCAGGAGGGAGUUCGGUUUGCGUCCAGGUGGAACCUGCUCGGUGUUGUCUCGCAGGCCGAGCCACUCGUACUCUGUCCUCGACUGGUUCGAGUCGUUAAAGAGUCGGGUCUGGUUUGUGUCUCUUAUGGAACUCUAAACAAUGAUCCUGCCAAUGUCAAGCGCCAAGUGUCUGAAGGUAUUGACGCGGUCAUUGUCGACUCUGUUCUCGCCAUCCGAAAGGGUCUUACGGAGCAUCAGAGCAACUCAGUUACUCCUCAACGUAGCCCGCUCGUCCAGCCUACCCCAGUUGCUCUGAAAGAUACUCUUCAAAUACCCAUUCUCAACCAUGCGGAGCAGAAAGACGAUCACCUUCACAUAAAGCCGGAGGCUGUCAUUUGAGCGCCUGUCAUUGCAUAGGCAAUUCAACCUGCCACCAAGCCAAAGGCAUGGUUUCUACACCAUUUAUGCAAUUUAAUGAGAUAUAGAUGUUUAGUGUUGAUUCCGCAAUACCUGCCCGAGCCAUACUUGCUCACUCUUGGAUGUCUUUACGGGAAAGAUAUCUCAACAUGAAAUAUUUUAGAAAAUAUGCUCUCUUUCUAAGCACAGAUCUUCAACAAAAGAGACUGGACAAUAAUCUACUUUGGAAUAAACUGCUUUGGAUAAUUAGCGCUAGCCAUAGACAUGCCAUGUCUCUUACAUACCAGGUGCUGAAGAUCAAACCCCAUUACAAGAAUUUCAGCUGUAGCGUUCUUAGAUUUAGUAUUCGAUAUACUGCAAUACAUUGAACUAAGCAUCUACCCCCGGCCCAAGGUCACGUGCACGACAGUCAUCGGCAAGUGACCGAAGAUAGAGAGAGCUAAAGCUUUGAUAACGCUACCGCCUCCCCAACCAGAUCUUCCUCUCCCCCCAGUCGACCAGCGGAGAAC